AUGUCAGAAAAUCCAAACGAGCUGAUAGAUCCAAUAACAUGAUUCAAAAAUAAUGACGAACAGCCCACUACAACCCUCCAGCCUUCAACAUUUAUCUAUAAAGAAGCUUGAUCAUUUAAUUCAAAAAUUUGCAAAAAUCCAAAACUCCACAGAAUCGAGUUAGGCAGUAGUGACGAUAAAUCAAUUAACGAUUAUUUGGAAUCACUGAUUUGCGAGCUUGGAAAUACAUGCGGAAAUGACUGUGGCUCGCUAUUUCUUUCUCAUACCAUGUUUUAUAUAAGAAAGCAAGGAACUGUGAAACUUACUUUUUCAGCAGUUGAAAGGAAUGAUACUUGUGAAAUUAAUUUUCAAAGAAAAUGCAAACAAUGUGAUGCCAAUGAUGAAAAGCUACAGGCAAUUCCAAGGAACUUUAUGGAUUUUUCGUUCUUCAAGUGGCUGGAGAAUUUUUUUAUUGAUGGAAAAUCCAAGACGGCUGAAUGUGGCCAUGAGUAUUAUAAAUCAGCACAAUUGAUUUUUGCAUUAGGAAAAAUCAAUUUUUCUUUUGAAUUUGUGAAUGCAAAUGUGGCAGAACUAACGAGUCCUACAAAUACGAUUAAUAAAGAGUAUUACAGCAGAUUAAAACAAUCCUGCUAUGAAAAAUUAAAAGACUCAGGACAAUCAGUACUGGAGAAUUUAUUAAACGACACAAAAGAUAUGAUUAAUAGACUGAUGUUUGAAGAUGAAGAUGAAAAAGAAGAUCUAGAAGAAGAGUCAUGGGCUUCUUUGAGGGAUGAAGUUAAAGAACUUCAAAAAAUGAUUGAAGGUGCUAUGGUUGAGCUGAUGGGACUUGACAUAUCAAACAUUCAGAAUUUUCUUCAUGUAGAAAAUCAUAGAAGAUUAACAUUUUUAGCGUGCUGUCACGCAAAAGUGAUAAUGGAGACUCUAAAAGAAAGGAUAAAUUUACAAUUCAAUAAAAACAAAAAACAAAAGUUCCCACGUUCAAGGUCAAAUUCCAGAGCUACACAAGGCGAAUGUUUAGAAAAUGACUCUUUUGCCCUAUCACGGGCAUCAGUUGCCGCCAACCGAUGACUGCAUGCAGAAUAUAUCCAAAGCAGUGAUCCAUUAUUAAGUACCCCGUACUGAAACACACUUCAAGAAGGAAAUUUAGCCCUCCCAGUUAGUUCUGGAUAUAUGCACAUCCCUGUAUACGAUAUUGAUUUAUUAUCAGUUAUCACAUACUCUUUAAACUCCUCUGAAUAUUACCACGAAGUUGUAUCGCCUGCUUUAUACUCAGAUGACCAGAAAAAGCAUAUUGAAAAUGAAUUGCUGAAUUAUAACCCAUGGCAUUUUAAACUAAAAUUUUCUAAUUUCGAAGAAUUCGAUAUCCCUGAUCUUGCAUCCCGAGACGACUUAAAAAGAGUUUAUGGUGACUGCAUAUCUUUCAGGGUCAAAGCCUAUUUUGCAAAACAAUUUCACUCUAUAAGGGAAUAUAGCUAUGGCUCUGAUGAAGAUUUUUUGCUCUCGAUUUCGAAAUCUAAGCCUAUACAUGGGCAGCUAGGUAAAAGCAAAGCAACUUUUAGUGUAUCGCAUGAUGGGAAAUAUAUAUUAAAAAUUAUUGAUAGGAAAGAAAUCAAUAUGUUUAGGGGUGUUGCACAAAAUUAUUUUAGACAUUUGUGCAAAAAUUUUUUCCAUCAGAUGCCUUCGAGAUUGGUGAGAACAAUUGGUGCAUAUCAAAUCACAGUGAGAAACCAUCAUACAGGCAAGUCAGUUAAGGAAUAUGCUUUUAUAUUCGAAAAUUUAGGCUAUCAGAUGCCCGAAAAACCGUUCGUAUAUGAUCUUAAAGGGACACAGAAUAAAAGGAGAUAUGUUAAACCUGGCGAUACCAGAACGAAAAUGGAUUUAAAUUUUUUGGAGGAUUUUAAUUGUAUUCCUUUUAUUAUUCCAAAAGAAGCAAAAAAGUUUUUUGAUGUUGCAAUUUGAAAUGAUACAUUAUUUUUAUCUAGCUCACCCUAUCCUUGAUUUAGAGAGUAGCCAAGGAUUGAUGGCAAAAAAUUAUUUGAAAAAAAUAUAUAAAUAUUUUAUUAGAUCAAUUUUUUUCAUAUAAAUUGUUUUUUUGCUCUAAUGUUAGAGAUAUAGUAUAGCCUAAUCCCUGCUUUGGAUUGGGCUUGAAUGACGUCAGGAAACAUCAAAUGGGGAAUUGAUCAACCAGCGUUUUCAGGAAAGUCAACUCCCUGAUGACAAAUCUUAAAUAACAAGAGGAUUUGCCAUCUGGGGAGUUGGCAAAGCCAGAAAAUGUUGGUUUUUCAACUCCCGACGUCAGUCAAGCCUGAUCCAAAGCAGGGAUCAGGCUAUACGUAAUAUAUUAGCAAGCAUGUUAGGAAUCGCAUUAGAAUUGGCUAAGAACGAUUAUUCUGCAAUGGUUCUAAGAUUCAUUAUUAUCAAGAUAGUAGUUAGAUUUUAGUGGUUUUUGUGUGUGGGUUUCAUUUUGUCCUUAUAAAAAUCGUUAAAUCAAUGAUUAGGAUUAGUUCUCAAUUUUCAUAUUAAUCGUCAAUCAAGGAUGAGGGAGUAAGCAAAAUAUUGUAGACUAUUCCUUGCUAGUCAUGAUAUCUUCUGAUAAAUCAAUAAUCCGAGCUGGAAUCAUUGAUUAUUUUGAGCAAUAUACAUUUGAAAGGUCGGUUGAAAGCAAGUAUAAAAAAGUGGUCGGAAUAGGCUUACCAACAAUUAUUCAUCCAAAGAUUUAUAAAGCGCGAUUUAGAAAGGCACUUAUUCAAGGGUAUUUUAUAUUUUUUGAUGACUAG